GGAGCGGAUCCAUUGGUGUGCACGUGACUGAAUCUCGAGUAUAUGUCUAUGUCGUAUAGUCGGUGCAUGGUUUUGUGGUACUGGUUGGCUGUCUAGUAAGCUAGUUGGCCGUCCAAUUAUUUAAACAUCAUCCGCGCAGUCGCGCGAGUCUGUCUCAAUGCUUAGCCAUCGGUUGUGUAGGUACCGGCAUUCAGCAAGUAAAGAUUAUCAGUACUAGUCAGUGGUCUCCUGAUCAGUGAUAUUGCCUGACGCUGCCUCUGUCAGCAGUCUGUCGGACGUAUCGAUAGAGUACACGAUGUUAAGUAUAUUUGAACCACUUCUCGACAUUCCGGUUGUCUACUACGGGGCGCUGCUGGGCGUUGGAUUCUGUAUCUACUAUCUUUUUGAAGUAGUUAAAACACCGAUGCUGGUAUGCGCGAAUGGACCAUUCCGAGAAUUUCUAGAAGAACACGUACCUCUGGUGAGGAAUAAGUUUUGGCCAACCUUAUGGUGUUUCGAAUCAAGGGCACAAACAGUUAUAGCCAGUGUUCUUAGAUCUCGAAUCUUGCCACCAAUUCACUAUCGCAGAGAGAUUCUGACCUUGUCAGAUGGAGGUGAAGUGGCCUUGGAUUGGGCAGAAGAAGGAUGUUCCGCUGUUUCGCCAAUUGUGAUUAUUUUGCCAGGACUCACUGGCGCAAGUCAAGCGGAAUAUAUUAAAUGCCUUGUCUCAUCCGCGAAAAAAGUUGGGAUACGAUGCGUAAUCUUUAAUAACAGAGGCUUAGGAGGCGUAGAAUUGAAGACUCCACGAACAUAUUGUGCUGCAAAUAGUGACGAUUUAACAGAGGUUGUUGACUAUGUAAAGAAGAUUCAUCCCAAUGUACUUCUUGGAGCGACGGGAAUCUCAAUGGGAGGAUUAAUUUUAGGCAAUUAUUUAGCACGACAAGGAAAAAUAGCCAAAAAUAAAUUGAAAGGAUGUUUCUUGAUUUCUGUGCCAUGGAACGUAUUUGCCGCGACAAAGAGCACAGAAGAAAAUUAUUUUAACUUGAUUUUAAAUAAAUAUUUAGCCUUUUCACUUCGUCAACAAGUAAAACGCUUGCACUAUUCUUCGGAAAGUGGAAUGUUCGAUGUUGACAUUGACUCUCUUCUUAAAAGUCAAACUGUAAGAGAGUUUGAUUCACAAUUUACGGUGAAACAAUUCGGUUAUAAAGAUGUAGAGGAUUAUUAUUCCAACGCAACUAUACAUGACAAAUUACAUUUGAUUGACGUACCGUUAUUGUGUCUUAGUGCUGCGGACGAUCCAUUUCAACCAGUUCAAGCCAUACCAUUGAAAGAAAUAUCACAAACUAAAAAAGUAGCUGUUGUUGUAACAUCUCGUGGCGGACAUAUUGGUUUCAUGGAAGGUAUGUGGCCAGUAAAAGAAGAACAAUAUAUGGGUAAAUUAUUUUCACAAUUUUUUACCGCCCUAUUCACUACUAAUAUAGAUCAUCAAUUAUUGUGACGAACUUAUAAACUAAAUAUCAAAUACAUUCACAAAUAUCAAUAUCAAAUAUUUCGUUUACAUUCGAGUAUUGUAUAAAAGUUAUCACGUGCCAUAAUUGAAGAUUGGGCAUGGAAAAGGCUAUAAGUAAAAUAUAUUAUAUUACGAUGAAA